UUGUGAAAAAGAGGAAGACUUACUGUGAGAUGGAUUGGCACAAUGGCAACAAUGAGCUCCCACAGAAAGACAAUUUUAAGGAUGGUACAGGACCAGGCAGUGUUGCCUUCCAUUGUACGUAUGGUCACUAUAGACCAUUAGCAAGGCUUUAGAAAUGGCUUACUAAAUUGACACUUUAAUGAAGCUGUCAAAAAUAUGGUGACAUUAUUAUUAGUAUGUUGAUACAAAUCUAAAAUUUUUAGAAUGGGUGUAGGCCCCAAGAAGUUAGAAAAAUUCCUUUGGAAUGUGGCAAAGAGCUGCUUAAAAAUCUGGUAGGCACCUCCAGUGAGAUAGGCAGUAUUCCAAAAAGCAGAUCCUGGCGGGGAAUGCAGACUAUGUCGAGGAGAGCAUGUGCACACUACGCACACGGCCCUUCUUGAUAAUCCUUGUAUACAAAAUGAUUGCUUCAUUUGUACUUUCAAGGAACAUUGACACUUUCUUGGACAAUUUUCGUAGAAGGUUAAGGCUCUAGAUUCAACCCUAAACCUAGUAGAGAGGAACUAUAUUAAGGAAGAUAGCAUAGCUAUGAAUAUUUUCUUAACCUGUUUCCCUUUUUUCUGUUGUUGAUUCUUUUCUCCAUCAUACAACAUAUUCUGCCUUGCCAUGAGAAAAUGACGAUGAUUAAGUAGUAAAGGAAGAUCGUCAAUCCUUGGCCUAAUGGAUGGAGGGAAAUACUAAGUGUUGGAAGGGUGGGAAAAACCUCCAAGACAGUGCUGCUUCCUUUUAGUUGUGGGAGAAUAAGCUAAUGCAGUCUAGGGCUGUAGAUGGAUUUCACUCAGAAGAACAGCAGCUUUUAUUGCAAGUACAGCAGCAGCACCAGCCUCAGCAGCAGCACCAUCACCACCACCACCAUCAGCAAGCUCCACCACAGCAGACGGUACCGCAGCAAACGCAGACCCAGCAGGUCCUUAUUCCUGCAUCACAACAAGCAGCGGCACCACAGGUUAUUGUUCCUGAUUCUAAACUAAUACAACAUAUGAAUGCAUCAAACAUGAGUGCUGCUGCUACAGCUGCAACCUUGGCACUCCCUGCCGGCGUGACUCCUGUCCAACAGAUACUAACAAAUUCAGGCCAACUUCUUCAAGUGGUCAGAGCAGCCAAUGGUGCCCAGUAUAUUUUUCAACCUCAGCAGUCAGUCGUUCUACAACAGCAAGUUAUACCACAAAUGCAGCCUGGUGGAGUACAAGCUCCUGUAAUACAGCAGGUACUGGCUCCUCUUCCUGGAGGAAUUUCACCACAGACAGGUGUCAUCAUCCAGCCACAGCAAAUCUUAUUUACAGGAAAUAAGACUCAAGUUAUACCCACGACGGUGGCAGCCCCUACACCAGCACAAGCACAGAUAACAGCAACUGGCCAACAGCCACCACAGGCCCAGGCUGCUCAGCCGCAAGCUCCAUUGGUAUUACAGGUUGAUGGAACAGGGGAUACAUCAUCUGAAGAAGAUGAAGACGAAGAAGAAGAUUAUGAUGACGAUGAAGAGGAAGACAAAGAGAAGGAUGGAGCUGAAGAUGGGCAAGUGGAAGAAGAGCCUCUCAAUAGUGAAGAUGAUGUGAGUGAUGAGGAAGGACAAGAGCUCUUUGAUACUGAAAAUGUUGUUGUGUGCCAAUAUGACAAGAUACACAGAAGUAAAAACAAAUGGAAGUUUCAUCUCAAGGAUGGCAUAAUGAAUCUUAAUGGAAGAGAUUAUAUAUUUUCCAAAGCCAUUGGAGAUGCAGAAUGGUGAAGGAUUGUUUUUUUUUUUUUUUUUUUUUUAAUAAAUAAAACAACAAAACAAAAAAUUAAAGCGGACGGUUUGAAACUUGGGACAUGUACCAACCAAAACUUAACUUCUGCAUGUCAGAAAAGUGCAGUAGAAGCAAGGCGACUGGAACAAAGCUAUGUUGACAACAGACACUACUUCUAAGGGGCAAGCCAUGGAACUGUAGCCCCUGCUAUUGUUGGGAGUGGGAGGGCUUAAGGGUUUUGUGUAGGAGAACCUUAAUUGUCCAUUUUAAAUACAGGUACCUGUCACCGGUAAUUAGCAUGUAAAACUUUGUCUAUAUUCCUUCCUGCAGCUUGGUUUAAAUCAUAAGACACUUGUUGAAUGAACUGAAAAAACUUACCUUUUGAUAGAUGGAUUUGAAACUGCUUAUUGUGUGUGGUUAUAUUUGGUAAAAAUUGCGUGCGAGCUUUUUACAAGAGGGUAAGAAUUAUGGUGACGAAUUUUAAUUCACUUGUAUACGGAAACAAUUUAAAACUCUCAUAAUAGGUCUUAAGUACUUUUACCUGCUAUUCUCCCUCAGCGAUAGAUACCUCUCUUCCUUUUUUGCUUUAUGAAACAUCUAUUCAAGAAUUUAAAGGAAGUUAAUCUGUGAUCACUUUUAUUUUGGAGCAACAGCAGACCCAGAAGUGGAUAUUUAUUUUAAUUAGGUGUUUAUAUAUAUUAAAUGUAAUUUAAAGACUUGUGUCUUGCCUGAAUUGAGUGAGAUUAAAAUACUAACUUUAAUUUCCUCACCGGAAACUUAACUUUCUUUUAGUCUCACACCUUUAAAAGAAGCCCCAGAUUGAUUCCUCAGGAAUACAGUUUUCUUUCACAGAGGUAUUCCAUUUAGUUGAAAUUGUAUACAGCUAUAAGCAGAUCAAGAUUUUUCUUGUUGGGCUGAAGUGUAUGCUUAUAUAUCUGUUUAGUUUUUUGCACAAAGCAAAAUAUUUAGAUACUACUCUGUGCAUUGAUUGAGGCGUAGAGCAGGUGGUGAAGGCCUGGAUUUUAUUAGGCUAGCAAUUAUAAUAGUUUAUUGUGUUGACUGGGAGAAAAUGGGAAAUGUACUCUUAACUGAACAAAUGUUUAAAACAGCUUUGUAAUCUGAGGAGAAAUUUGGGGAGUAGAAAGGAGUGGGUUACUCAGUAGAGAUUUACCUCUUCAUUUGGUGGCCCUUCCAGGCCAUUAAUAAUAGAGACACGGACUCCAGUUUGCACAUUGAGGACUUUGAUUUGUGUAUUAAACCAGAAAUGUAAUGUGUCUAUUAAGAGUAGCAUUUCUGUAUUCCGGAAGGCACUCCGAUGGACAACAUGGCAGCGUGGAGUUCGUUGUGAACGUGCCUCCUGGGAGCAGUGCGUUCACCUUUUGUGUUCGUAGAACUAAGUCAGCUUUUUAUGGUUUAUCUUGACAAGAUUCAUAUUUUAAGUUACUUGUAUAUAUAUAUAAUAUAUGUAUUUUUAGUCUUCCAUUUGCUUUCCUUUGUGUGUUACCAGAAGGAACACAUAAACACUUUAAAGUACAUUGCAAGGAAAAAAACUGUGAGCUAUUAUAUAGUAUAUUUUCAUUUUUUAAUACAAAUCUUUAAACUUCUCAAAAGGCCUAAUAAUUUUUUGUUUUGUUUUUUGCCUACUUCCUAUCCCAUUCACCAACUCUGUCCCUUUUAACUUAUGUUAUUUUCUAAGCUUUCUUGUAAAUGCUGGUAGUUAAAUUUUAUUUAGAUGCCAUGUCUGAGAAUACGGUUUUUAUUUUUAUUGUAUCAACUCUUUCUGGAGAUUUGUUUACCCCACUACUCUGAAGGCACACGCCAUUUUUUAAUUAAUGAGACAGGGGAGAAAUGGAGGGAGGGGUGGGGUCACAGUUCUAUUGAGUUGCCCUUCAGUACAGUUGCUCGUAGGUUUAUAUUUACCCACUGAAGAAGUCAGUGACCUGAACUACCUAUACAAGUCUAAGUAGUGCUGCAGAGUUGACGAAGCUCAAAGCUUUUGGCUGUCUAGUAGCUCUUGUGCUACUGAAACACGUGGAUUACCCUCUAAGUAGACAAGCAUCUGUAAUCAGAGCCUGUUUGUAUUCCCACCCCCACCCCACACCCCACACCCGCCCCUGAACAGGAACAACCACUGCUUUCAGAAUGACUCACCACCAUUCGUUAGAAGGGGAAACAAUCAUUUGUAUCUGUGUAUUGCAUAUUAAAAUGGCAUGCUUGCCAAACGUACCUGAAAAUUCUGAAAGCCAAUCCAACACUGCAUACCAAAUUGUGCUCUUACAUAUAUAUUACUGAAUUGUACUUCUUUGCAGUCAAAUAGCAUGUUUUUGUUUUAUUAUAGUGACUUACUGUAAGAAUGUCACUUGCUUUUAUUGUACUUGAAUUCUUAAUCAUGCUUUUAACAUUGUAUUUAACAAAACAUUUCAUUGGGUUCCAUAAAAAUGUCAUUCCUUUGAAAAGACAAGGGAUUCCCACUUUCAGAGUUUUAAACUGAAAGUUAUAUUAUCCAAAUGGGGGCAGGGGAUAAUAGCUCAGACUUCGUAUUCUAGAAAGAGAAGUUUUCAGAAAAGAAUAUGUUUAGAUUUGCACAGAUAGUGAUGGCAUCGUAAACCAAAAACCAAACCCACCGCCAUCAAGUUGAUUCCAAUUGGGUUUCCCUGGCUGUAAAUCUUUACGCAAACCCCAUCAUUUCUCUGCGAAGCAGCUGGUGGGUUUGAGCCCCAGGCAGCCAAGCACAUUCAACACUGGAACCUGAGCUCCUGGAUGGCAUCUUAAAAGCAGGUUAACAUAGUGAACAGUGUGAAGGGAAAAUGGACAGAAGUGAACAGAGAAGGUGAACUGUGUGCCUUUCAGUAUACAUACCCUUGUGCGGUGGUUGUUGGGUUAGCAGACCACGGGAAUGCUUGGGAGCACAUUCCAUUUCUGUGGCAUGCCACAGAUGGCCCAGAACAGCUCUUUAAUGUGCAGUUCAUUUCUAGAGUAAAAUGUCUGUUAUAUGCAAGGUGUCUUUAUAUUGAGUUUUUACAUUUUUAAACAUUUCUUUUUGUUAAUUAAAUACCAUCGUAUCACAUUUACAUUGUUGCUUCUUUAAAAUGAAAGACACCUUGAUAGUGUUCUGGGAAUAUGUCAACAUUUGACCAGUGUGUAUAAAGAGAUUCCCAACUAUGUUCUUAAGGAGCAUAUUUCUAAUAGAUUUCUGGUUUUAGAAAACAAGAUCACAAAAAUAUAAUAGCUUUUGUGUAAAGAUUUUCAUUUGCUAGGAAAAAUAAAAGGAUUUGGCUGUUUUCUUCUGGCUUUUCUGAGAAGUUAUCUCUAAGUAAAAUUUGAUUAUCUCAUAGCAAUAACAUCACCAUUCUUUUCAGAGGGGGACAUAGACCUUGUAUAGGAAAACAGACAUAAUUUUCUCUUGGGAUUACCCUUUUUAACAGCAUUCUCUUCCACUUGAGAAAAUCCUAUAUUUCUAGGUUAUUUUACCUUGACCCUUUUUUGAGCUUUUGUGCAAUGUAAUGAUUUAUUGAUCUGUGUUAGUGUAUUCAGUUUCCUUCAUCUGUCUCCCUAGAUGAAUCAGCUGUCUCUGACUUCAAACCCAUUGGUUAAAGGAAUAGUUGUAUUUAUAUAUUUCCCUUGUGGGUCAAUUUCAUAUAGUUUUGCAUUUAAUCCAAUAUUGUGCUAUGGAAAUUAUUCUGAAGUUUAUAUUUUUCCCCUUGUAAGCCGGCUUUCAGUGUUUUUUGUUAUUUUCUAUGGUUUAAGGAUAAACACAAAACCUUUUCUGUGGUUUAAGGAAGAACACAUUUUUUUCAUUUAAGGAACAGAAGAGACUUCUUGCUUCUGUUACCGGAAGAACUACAUUAAAUUAGUAACUGAGAAUCAAUCACCUUCCCUGAAAUCAGUCCAGUGGGCAUCAGAGCUGUAAUUGAGGGGUGGGGUGGGGAGGAGGACGCUGAUCUUUUGCUGUUCUGAGCUACUAUUGUCAACUGCUGUUGUACAUACUGUUAUGUGUAAGGGCGUAAAUAUAUUUAUUAUGUUUGUAAAAUUCAUUCUGCACAAUUGCAGACCGAGGUUGCUCUUCUGUGACAUACAGGAUAUUAUGUUUUAAAAGGCCAUCCUUGGAAUACAAUUAGAGAACUUAGUAUUUUGAUGUACUAAGACCUAUUUUAAGUUUAAUAUUUUACCUUUGCAAAAACUUUAAUUAAAGAUGUUAUUUAAAAAAGAAGCCAUGUUGCUUGGUUUGCUUACUAGUGUAUCACAUUGUUACAUAGAGGUCACUGAAUGACAUACAGUCUAGAAAAGGGAAAUGGUUUACAUUGUUAAUGAUAAGUUCCAUUAUCAAAAACAAGGUUAUCAUUCAAUUCUAUAUAGUUAAGAUAAAUAGCGUGGGGUGCCUUUCUGAAUUAUUAAAACUGUUACAAAGUCUUACUAGUGUUUUAAAGAGUGUUUUCAGAACACAGUAACUUUAGCUGGCCUAAAUUUACACUAACAAUGUGUAACUAAUUUGAUGUGAUUAACCUUGUAUUAAAUGAAUAUUUCUACUCCAAACAGUCACUUAGGGUGAAAUUAUUCGGCGUUUUUUAUUUUGAUGUUUAGCUAACUCAUUCCCUCUUAGUACAGAGCUUGUAAAUAAUUGCAUAUUAAUUUGGUUAAGAUUUGUAUUGCAUAUUGAAUAUAUUUUGUAUUUUAGAAGAUAUUAAGCAAGUAGCAAGUAUUUUAAUUUCAUAGGUAAUUCAAAUGAGUCAUUAAGAGAAGAAAGCUUGCCUUUUUUUGUAAUUUUCUAAUCCUAUUAUGUAGGAAACAUGCAAAUUUUAACUAUUAAAACAACCAUAAUAAAAACUAUUUUACAUA